CGGAUGCUGGCGCAGGCGCGGUUGCCGAAGCUCCUGCCCCGGCUCUGCGCCUUCGCUCCCCGCCUCGCCAUGAGCGGCGUUACCGGCACCUUCACCGUCCAGCAGCCCCUCAACUACCGGGGGGGGGCCCGCGUUCAGCCGGUCGACGGCGGGCAGGCCGAGGAAGUGUACGAACCCGCCACAGGUCGGGUGAUAUGCAAGCUGCUCUGCUCCGGGGAGAAGGAGGUGGAUCUGGCUGUGCAGAACGCCAAGGCUGCCUUUAAAAUAUGGAGCCAGAUGUCUGGCAUGGAGCGGAGCAGGGUGCUGCUGGAGGCUGCCAGGAUUAUUCGGGAGCAAAGAGAAGAAAUUGCCACCUUGGAAACCAUCAACAAUGGGAAAUCCAUCUUUGAAGCCAGAGUGGACAUCGACAUAUCGUGGCAGUGCCUGGAGUAUUAUGCAGGACUGGCAGGAUCUCUAGCUGGUGAACACAUCCAGCUUCCCGGGGGAUCCUUUGGGUACACUCGGAGAGAGCCCCUUGGGGUGUGUGUUGGGAUUGGAGCCUGGAAUUAUCCUUUCCAGAUUGCCUGCUGGAAGUCUGCCCCAGCCUUGGCUUGCGGCAAUGCGAUGGUCUUCAAGCCCUCUCCCUUCACCCCUGUUUCGGUGGUGAGGUUGGCAGAGAUCUUCACAGAGGCCGGUGUGCCCAAGGGGCUCUUCAACGUGGUGCAGGGUGGAGUGGCCACAGGCCAGUUCCUCUGUCAUCACCCAGAUGUGGCCAAAAUCUCUUUCACUGGCAGUGUGCCAACUGGCAUCAAGAUCAUGGAGAUGGCAGCUAAAGGGAUCAAACCAGUCACCCUGGAGCUGGGGGGCAAAUCCCCCCUUAUCAUCUUUUCGGACUGUGCCUUGGAGAACGCCGUGAACGGAGCCCUCAUGGCCAACUUCCUUACACAGGGUGAGGUCUGCUGCAACGGCACACGGGUGUUUGUGGAGAGGAAGAUCCUGGAUGCCUUCACAAAGGAGGUGGUGAAACGCACCCAGAAAAUCAAAGUUGGAGACCCGCUUCUGGAAGACACACGGAUGGGAGCUCUCAUCAACCGGCCCCACCUGGAUCGUGUCCAGGGCUUUAUCAAGCAGGCGAAGGAGCAGGGGGCACAGGUGCUGUGUGGUGGGGACUUGUACGUGCCAGAUGACCCGAAGCUGAAGAAUGGCUACUACAUGCGACCCUGUGUGCUAGGGAACUGCAAGGAUGACAUGACCUGUGUGAAGGAAGAGAUCUUUGGGCCUGUCAUGUCCAUUCUGCCGUUUGACACGGAGGAGGAGGUCGUGGAGAGAGCCAACAACACCAAAUUCGGCCUGGCAGGUGGUGUCUUCACCAGGGAUAUCCAGAAGGCUCACAGGGUAGUGGCUGCUCUCAAGGCUGGGAUGUGCUUCAUUAACAACUACAACGUCAGCCCCGUGGAGCUGCCUUUUGGAGGGUACAAGGCAUCAGGAUUUGGCAGAGAGAACGGGCGGGCAGCCAUCGAGUACUACUCGCAGCUGAAGACUGUCUGCGUGGAGAUGGGUGAUGUGGAAUCUGUGUUUUAAGGGCUCUCAGGUGCUCGUCAAGGGAGCAUCAGCCACUUGCUGCCUGUCAGCCAGAGAUGUGGAUCAUGUACCCAGCAAUAAAGUGCUCUAAAAUUCCAAGUGCCUGGAGGGGGAACGUUGUUGGAGCAGCAUUUAGCCACCCUGCUCCUGCAAGGGAGAAUGCACACACAGGACAGGGCAGACCCACAGGCUGAGCCCUGGCUGGUGGAAGAGGGAAACCUCAAGAGUAGGAGGCAGCAAUAUGGCUGUCAGCAGCAGCUUGUGCCACUAUUUAAGUGUUGCCAGAGGCUUGUCAGUGGCAGAAGCCUGGCCCAGGCUGCCUCCCCUGCUGUGUGCCUUGAACCCCAUCGCCUUCCACCCUCAGUCCACUUUGGUUUUGUCUUCUUAACAGGUAUGACCCCACUCAGUGCACAUAUAAGCUCUUGGACACAUUGAUAUCCUGUAGCUAUAGGCUCUGUCUAUUCUCUGACUACAUAAAAGCCUUAAGGGUAGGAUUGUUUACUCCCUCUGUCCCUCUUGUAAGCGCAAGUUUUGUUUUUUCUAUCUGAACCUCACUUCCAAGGUGGGACAAAAUGUUGUGGGGAUGGUGGGCUGAUGCUGCCUGGGACAGCUAUGGCCCUGAGAAUUCAUCUCCACACAGAGAGUAUGGAGUGUAACCAGAGCAGUGGCAAGCUCCAGUGUAGCAUAGAGUGCUCCCUCUCUUCAAUGAAAGCUAUUUGACUUCUUUCCUAUAGUUCUCUAUACUGUACAGUAUAAACUGUACUGUUCUUUAUAAACAUGAUGAAGCAACAACUGUAAAUGCUUGCCUACAUCUUUUUUUAGCAAUCAAAUAAAUAUUAACCCUGGAACAUC